CAAAAUUGAGAAUUGCUCUCCAAGACCCUGAAAACCUAGAGCUCUGGAGGGAGAUGGUAGGACCUGCAGCAGCUCACCCCAGCUCAGGGCCUGCACCUGCAGGUGCUUCGGAGAUGCUGCCUCUUCAUGUCCUUCAGACCCGUGGCCAGGCCACAGGAAAGAGGUGUGCAGCAUACAGAGAGCGCGGAGCUGCUGUGGGAACCAGGAAGGACUUCUCUGGCACAUCAUUAGUUUCCCACCUCCCGGGGUCCUGUCUGCCAGAGGUGUGAACAGAAUGAACAAUUAAGGAAACUGGCUCCAGGGAGCCAGGUUCUAGCAGGGGAGAUGGGAACAUGCUGUUUAACCAACCACAGACAGUCCUGCUAGAUGCAGACACACCCCCACACACUCAAACAGCCCAUCCCACCCACCCCACCAGACCUGUGCACAGAAACACGCUCCCGCUCAGAGCUCUGCCAGCAGCAGGUGUUGUUGGAUCAAUGUCCCAAAUGACGGUCACACACCUCCACCCAAACCCGCAGAUCUCUGGACCACCAGCCCUUCUCCUCCUUUUCCUCCCCUCCCCUCUUUAAAACCCACUUCUGAGGGCUGUGCUCAGUGGCCCGCAAAAGGUUCUCAUUGGUUAUUGAGUGGCCCUUCCUUCUCCAGGGAAGGGAGAACUGAGACAGAUGGGAGGCUGGUCCUGCUGGGCCACCAAGCGAAACCCUGGGAUGGCUAAUAAUGAGCCAGACACCGUGCCUGCCCAGCCUACUGUGGAAUACCUUAACCUCCUCCUAACCCAGCCCCCUGGGGGUGCAGGGGACUUCACCCCUUUGAGGCACCACCCUCGAUCCUCUGGCCCCCUCCGAUUGUCCGGGCUGGCGUCCCCUCCCAGCUCCCCAUCGCAGCCCGGCUCCCAGGCCCUCUGCCUUUGCCCUCUAGCCAGCAGGUGUUCUGCGCUGUCGUGCCCUCCUGGUUUCCCUGUGGACGUGUCUUGUCCUCCGGCUUGUCUGUGAGCUCUUCAAGUACAAAACGCAUGUCUCUGUUUCCUUGACUGGUGCCCAGAGCAGAGCUCUGCACGCACAGGACGCUUGCUAGGUGCUUAGCAAAUUCACUUAUCUGCUGCCCACUCCUGCCAGCCACAAGGCCCACCUUUGUCUCUCUAUAGCAACCCCACAUUUUUCCACUCCAGAGGGCUUGCCUGGGCCCCUGGUCUCCAUAUCGCCAUUUCCACCCCCACCCCCAGAGUGCCCCUUAUAGCUUUGCUGGGUUCUCUUUGGCACCUCCCUGCCUCUGCCCACGUGCUGGGCCCCCUGUGGGGGCUGGGGACUGGCAUAUCCAGAGCAAGGAGGCCCUCUGCCCUGGGCAAGGUGGACACACCCUCCCUGGGUUAGGGCUCCUGCCAGGAAGAAUCGUGUGCUGGGGUCAGGCGCUGCGGUGUGCUGGCGGUCUGGCUGGAGAAGCAUCUGGACAUUGUGGAUUUCACGUGAGCCCUAGGGCUUGGUCAGAGGAACCCUGUCUUCUCUCCUGCCAACCCCCAGAGCCUGAGAUUUUAGCAUCCAAAACAUCAGAAGCCAAAAUGAGGCUCACAUCUGAGACUCAUAGUCACUUGCGGACCUCUUGCAUUGAGUGGGAUAAACAGGGCCACCUGCUUUUGCUGGGAGACUGAAGGUCUCCCCCUGGGGGGAUGCUGAGAUGCUAGGAAGAACCGAGCGCUGGAGAAUCUCUUCUUGGUGGCCUAAAAACCUUGACUUUCACCAGGUAGAUACUGCCCCAUUAAACAGAUACAUCAAUUAAGGCCACAGCAAAAAGAAAGCUGUUUGUCACUGCAGAGCUGGUCAGGGACAGAGCAGAGAGAUGCCCUGGGCUCUCUCCACCACCAGCCCAAACUCCCUUGGCGCAAGCUCUCCCCUCUGUCCUCUUGGUGGGCUGAACUGGGCCUGCUGGGUGCUGUCAUCCUCAUGGUGACCCCGAGAAGAAGGGAUAGUCUGAAUGGCUCCCAACUUCCCUCUGCUCCCCAACAUUCCUGCCACGUCGUCUCUGUCUCUCCCUCUGGUGUUUGGUUGACCUGUUCUCUGCUUCUUCUCCUUCUGACUGCGUGAGGACCCCUCCUCUGGACAGGAGCUUUCUCCUGGGUUCCUGCCUGCUGCGCCUGCUCCCGGCCACCAACUAGGUGACUGUGUGCUGGGUGGAUGAGGCCGGGGCCGGCUCCACGCACUGCCUCUCCCCACAGGCCGAGCAUGCUGGGGUCCGCACCUACUUCUUCAGUGCUGAGAGCCCCGAGGAGCAGGAGGCCUGGAUCCAGGCCAUGGGGGAGGCUGCCCGAGUACAGAUCCCUCCAGCCCAGAAGUCGGUGCCCCAAGCCAUGCGUCAGAACCACGAGAAGCCGGACUCAGAGGACAUCCCCCCCAGCAAACACCACCAACCGUCCCACAACAGCCUCCCCAAGCCGGAACCGGAGGCCAAGACUCGAGGAGAGGGGGAUGGCCGAGGCUGCGAGAAGGCAGAGAGGAGGCCCGAGAGGCCCGAAGUCAAGAGCGAGCCUCUGGUGAAAGCCAAUGGUGUCCAGUCUGGACCAGAACCAGCCUCGGAGCCAGGCAGCCCUUACCCCGAGGGCCCGAGGGUCCCAGGGGGUAGGGAGCGGCCUGCCCAGCCCAAUGGCUGGCAGUGUGGCUCCCCGGGCCGGCCAGGGAGCACAGCUUUCCCGCCUCCGGACUCCGAGAGUGGGGGACACCGGCGGGGCGUCCCCCCACGAGCCAACCCAGACAAGAUCGCCCAGCGCAAGAGCUCCAUGGACCAGCUUCAGCAGUGGGUGAACCUGCGCCGAGGGGCGCCCCCACCCGAGGACCUCCGGAGUCCCUCUAGGUUCUACCCCGUGUCCCGCAGGGUCCCUGAGUAUUAUGGCCCCUACUCCUCCCAGUACCCCGAUGAUUACCAGUACUACCCAGCAGGGGUGCGGCCGGACAGCAUCUGCUCAAUGCCGGCCUACGAUCGGCUCAGCCCACCUUGGGCCCUGGACGACAAGCGCCACUCCUUCCGCAACGGAGGCGGCCCUGCUUUCCAGCUGCGGGAGUGGAAGGAGCCGGCAGGCUACGGGCGGCAGGACGGCCCCGUCUGGAUCCCCAGCCCGGCCCGGCAGCCAGUCUAUUACGAUGAGCUGGACGCCACCUCCAGCUCCCUGCGCCGCCUGUCCUUGCAGCCCCGUUCCCACUCCGUGCCCCGCUCUCCCAGCCAGGGCUCCUACAGCCGUGCCCACAUUUACUCCCCCGCCCGCUCACCCAGUGCCCGUUUUGAGCGGCUGCCACCUCGAAGUGAGGACAUCUAUGCUGACCCCGCUGCCUAUGUGAUGAGGCGGUCCAUCAGCUCCCCCAAGUAUGAUUACCUGGGAGACAGGCGGCCAGUCCCUGCAGGGCUGUUCCCCUACAACUACCCACCAUCCCCCACGGUCCACGAUAAGAUGGAUGAACUUUUAGACCUUCAGUUGCAAAGAAACCUAGAGUAUUUGGAUCAGCAGAUGAGUGAGAGUGAGACUCUCAUCAGUAUGGUGAACCGCAUGGUGGGAAACUCUUCCCCCAGGGCCCAGCUCUUCAUGCAAGUCCCUCCGUACCCAGAGGUGUUCCGGGACAGCCUCCACACCUUCAAGUUAAACGAGCAAGAUACAGAUACGCUGCUGGGCAAGUUGUGUGAGCAGAACAAGGUGGUGAGGGAGCAGGACCGGCUGGUGCAGCAGCUCCGGGCUGAGAAGGAGAGCCUGGAAAGUGCCUUGAUGGGGACCCACCAGGAGCUGGAGAUGUUUGGAAACCAGCCUGCCUACCCAGAGAAGCUGCUGCACAAGAAGGAGUCACUGCAGAACCAGCUCAUCAACAUUCGGGGGGAGCUGUCGCAGGCGACCACGGCCCUGACCAACAGCACUGUGGAGUACGAGAACCUGGAGUCCGAGGUGUCAGCCCUGCACGACGAGCUGUGGGAGCAGCUCGGCCUGGACUCCCAGAAUGAGGUGCUCACCCGGCAAAUCCAGAAGGAGAUCUGGAGGAUUCAGGAUGUGAUGGAGGGGCUGAGGAAGAAUAACCCUUCCCGGGGCACGGACACGGCCAAGCACAGAGGAGGACCUGGCCCCUCGGCCACCUACAGCUCUAACAGCCCCGCCAGCCCUCUCAGCUCCACCAGCCUCACCAGCCCCCUGAGCCCCUUUUCUCUGGUAUCUGGCUCUCAGGGGUCCCCCACCAAGCCUGGGUCCAGUGAGGAACCCGGCCCGCCGCGGCCUCCCCUCCCCAAAACCUACGCCCCCCUGGAGUCUCCCCCAGCCGUGCCUCCACUCCCUAGCGAGAGCCACUUCUGGCCAUAUCCCAACUCCCCUUCCUGGCACCGCGGCGGCGAGGCAGCCAGGGGUCAGCCCAAGGUGAGCUGCGAGCAAAGCAAGAAAGAACCCCACCAGACAUCAACCCUGGACACCUCUAGAGACGUGAGCCUUGUGCCUACCAGGCAAGAGGUGGAGGCAGAGAAGCAGUCAGCUCUCAACAAAGUUGGCAUCGUCCCCCCUCGGACAAAGUCACCCACUGAUACUGAGGUGACUCCAUCAAGAGUGGUGAGGAGGAGUGCCAACAUCGGCGGACUCGCCAAUGGGCUGUCCCCCCGGGAGCGCCCCAAGAGUGCUGUGUUCCCUGGGGAGGGCAAAGCGAAGAUGAGCGUGGAGGAGCAGAUCGACCGCAUGCGGCGGCACCAGAGCGGCUCCGUGAAGGAGAAGCGGCGGAGCCUGCAGCUCCCGGCCAGUCCCGCCCCCGACCCCAGCCCCCGGCCCGCCUACAAAGUGGUGCGCCGUCACCGUAGCAUCCAUGAGGUGGACAUCUCUAACCUGGAGGCAGCCCUGCGGGCAGAGGAGCCUGGUGGGCAGGCCUAUGAGACACCACGGGAGGAAAUCGCCCGGCUUCGCAAAAUGGAGCUGGAGCCCCAGCACUAUGACGUGGACAUCAGUAAGGAGCUCUCCACGCCAGACAAAGUCUUCAUCCCCGAACGGUACAUUGACCUGGAGCCUGACAUGCCCCUGAGCCCCGAGGAGUUGAAGGAGAAGCAGAAGAAGGUGGAGAGGAUCAAGACGCUCAUUGCCAAGUCCAGCAUGCAGAACGUGGUGCCCAUCGGCGAGGGGGACCUUGUGGACGUGCCCCAGGACUCAGAGAGCCAGCUGCAGGAGCAGGAGAAGCGGAUUGAAAUCUCCUGCGCCCUGGCGACCGAGGCCUCCCGCAGGGGCCGCAUGCUGUCUGUGCAAUGUGCCACCCCAAGCCCUCCCACCUCCCCUGCUUCCCCGACUCCACCAGCCAACCCCCUCUCGUCUGAACCCCUGCGGGGCGCCGACAGCAGCCAAACCAUGCGGUCUGAGCUCUGACUGCAAGCCCUGGCUGAGGCCAAAGCUGGGAAGCUCCACAGAGCCACAUUCUGAAGCCCUCCUCUGCCCACUGGGGUCCUGGCCCCCACCCUGGCCCCCCGCCCCUGUGCUGCCACGGGAAUGCUGCAGGGAGCCGGGCUGGGGCCAGGGGCGGCUGCCAAGAGGGGCACAGGUACCUCCAUGCGCACGCGCCCACCACACCUGGCCUGAAGCCCUCGCUACUCGGACGGUGGUCCUGGGCCGGGGCUGGAGAGGGCAGGGCAGUGCCAUCCUGCCUGACGCCCAAGUCACAGAGAGGCCGGGCCUGGUGGUGGCCGGGAUUGUGGUGGCCCUACCGAAACAUUUCCUGAUGGAGAAGGCGCCCUGGUGGGGAAGAUGCCCUGGCUUCUUGGGCUUGGACUGAGGUGAAGAGGAGGAGGACGUGGACACUGGCCCUUCCGGCCCGUCCUGACGUGGAGGACAGCACCUGCCGUCACCCCCUUCCCCAUCCGCCCGCCCCACCGGCCCAGCUCUAUCCAGGGCUCUGACACGUCUCUGCCUGUGGGUGCUCCUCUGCGGGCCGGUGGGCAUGGCCCACGCUGCUUGAGCCAAAGACAAGAAGAGAGAUGGCGGGGGGGAGGGGGGGCUCCUUGGCCCGCAGCAGGGACAGCGCUGGCUGUGGUCAGAGAGCAGCGGGCAGGUCUGUGCAGGGUCAGGGCAGGUCGAGAAGGGGUAACGGAGGGAGAGCACGGAGGAAGUGGGAGGAGACAACGGCAGGACUCGUAGGCAAGUAAAGGAGGGCGCGGAGAUGGGAAGGGGCUGUGGGAUGGGUUUCCCCAGGACGGGGGCCUUAGCUUAGUGCCAGGUGCAGUGCCAGCCUGUCAGCUCUGCUGCCCCACCCCAAGCCCAGCCCCAGGAGGCUCUGCCGCAAGCCCGUGACGGCCUUCAGCUGAGGUGCUUGGCUUGGGAUGGAGGUGUGCGGUGAGGGCUUCCAUGGAGGCUCUUUCAUGCGCUGGGCCUGGGGUCUGCCUCCCCCUAGGGGCUCAGGUGCAGAGGGAAGGACCCACCUUAUGUGGGGUGUGGUCAGCCAUGGGGCUUUUGUAACCAUUUUUGAGACCUUUUCUUGUCCCCCUUCCCCCUGGAAUGUGCUGUGGGCCAGCUGAGAGGGGGCCUCAGGGAGCGGGGACGCGGCCUUAAUCUGGGAGGCCAGCUUCUAGGACCCUACCCCCCAUCUCCAGCAUCCCAGAUGAGGACCGGCCCAGGCACUCUCACCAUCCACGUACCCACGAGGCUAGUGC